GGUCUUUAAGCUCUUUAUCCAAUUCACGCGCAGUUUAAAGUUUGAAUCUUUGCGCUAAAAGGGCUGAGAAGAGAGCUCUCUUCGAGCCAACCCAAUGGCAUCUCUGGACACCGACGUCACCAUGGUUCCGGCUGGAGAAGGCUCCAGCGGAGCCGGACCUUCAUCCUCCACAGCGUCCACCUCAACUUCUGGUAAGAAAGCCAAGCGAUUCGAGAUCAAGAAGUGGAACGCCGUCGCGCUUUGGGCUUGGGAUAUCGUGGUGGAUAACUGUGCAAUUUGCAGGAAUCAUAUUAUGGAUCUCUGCAUCGAGUGUCAAGCUAAUCAAGCCAGUGCUACUAGCGAGGAAUGCACGGUUGCUUGGGGUGUUUGCAAUCAUGCUUUUCACUUCCACUGUAUUAGCAGAUGGCUCAAGACACGCCAGGUUUGCCCAUUAGAUAACAGUGAGUGGGAGUUCCAGAAGUAUGGUCACUAGAGCUUGGGCAAUUGACAGUUGGGUUUCUCUGUGUUGUUGAAAAUGAAGAUUUAGCCCUGCCUUUACCUUCCUUUACCAGUUCGCUGCAAAUAUGAAGUCAAAUAUUCUGAGAAACGUUAUUUGUUGUAGAAUACAAUAUCUGGUUCUAUUAGGUACUAUGCAGGGAUUCAUCAGUAAAUUAGUUUGCAGUUACUCGUACUGAAUUGAUGUAUGUUCUUUGCUUUUAAUGAUUUUAACACCUUAUUGCUGGUUGUUGUCUAUUUUGUUUUUCUUUUCCGUACACUUAGCGCAUAUACAUAACGGGUUUUGUUAA